AUGAAGUGGGGGUUCGCAGGCUCGCUGCUUGCUCUUCUUGCCUCGACAGCAACAUGUUGGCCUUACGAAGAGUCCCUAGUCGACUAUAACCUGAACGCAAACAAAGAAGCCACCGAUCCGGCAAAAUAUUCUCAUCCAGCAUGGCCGGGCCAUAAGUACCAUCCUUCUCCGAAAAGCUGGCGAUUUCCUUUCUAUACCCUUUUCCUCGAUCGAUUUGUCAACGGCGACCCGACAAACGACAAUAUCAACGGGUCUGUCUUUGAACAUGACUUGAGUUCAAACCAGAUGCGCCAUGGAGGUGAUGCUGUUGGGUUAGUGGACACUUUAGAUUACUUGGAGGGGAUGGGUAUCAAGGGUAUUUACCUAGCAGGAACAAUUCUGAUGAAUCAACCUUGGGGCUCGGAUGGCUAUUCAAUUCUCGACACCACGCUUCUGGACCAACACUUUGGAAACAUCAAAACAUGGAGAGAUGCCAUCGACGAGAUACACAAGCGGGGGAUGUAUGUUCUGUUUGACAAUACUAUUGCAACCAUGGGUGACUUGAUCGGUUUUGAAGGACAUCUGAAUGAAACGACUCCCUUCUCAGUGGAUGAACACAAAUCAUUGUGGAAAACCGAGCGACAGUAUGUGGACUUUCGAAUCGGCAACGAGUACAACAAGACCUGCGAUUAUCCACGCUUCUGGAACGAAACUGGCUGGCCAGUUGAUAGCGACGUCCGAGAUGAGCUUGUUGGGUGUUACGACAGUGACUUUGACCAGUACGGUGACAGAGAGGCAUUCGGUGUCUACCCGGACUGGGAGCGUCAGCUGGCAAAAUUCGCCUCCGUUCAGGAUCGUUUGCGUGAAUGGAAUCCAAGCGUCAAGGAAAGAUUGAUUCAACAUUCCUGCAUGAUCAUCAAAGCACUCGAUAUUGACGGAUUCCGAUACGACAAGGCUACACAGGCCACGGUGGAUGCCCUCAGUGACAUGUCACAUGCCUACAGAGAGUGUGCUCGCAGCGUUGGGAAAGACAACUUUUUCCUGCCUGGUGAAAUCACUGGUGGUAAUAACUUCGGUGCGAUCUACCUGGGCCGUGGAAGACAACCAAACCAAUACCCCGACUCUUCUCUGGAUUCGAUGAACAUGACCAACACGUCCGAUCACCAAUAUUUCCUGCGCGAGCAUAAUUUACAGGCCCUCGACUCCGCUGCAUUCCAUUACUCGGUUUAUCGUACUCUCACCAGGUUUGUGGGCCUGGAUGGAAACCUGGCCGCAGGUUACGACACUCCUUUAGACUGGACGGACUCUUGGAACGUGAUGGUCAUGACCAACGAUAUGAUCAAUGCAAACACCGGAAAGUUUGAUCCUCGCCACAUGUACGGUGCCACCAACCAGGAUGUUUUCCGCUGGCCUGCAAUUGAAUACGGAGUCGAGAGACAGCUUCUGGGUCAUUUCAUCACGACUUUGCACCUUCCCGGCAUCCCGAUUCUGUUGUGGGGAGAAGAGCAGGCAUUCUACAUUCUAGAUGCUACGGCGGACAACUACGUCUAUGGACGUCAAGCCAUGUCUCCUGCCACUGCCUGGAAAACACAUGGAUGCUUUGCUCUCGAUGCUACGCAAUACUACAAUUGGCCCAUCAAGGCCGGAAGGGAGGGCUGCCACGACGACGCAGUGGCCUACGAUCAUCGAGAUCCUUCGCACCCCGUGAGAAACAUCAUCAAACACAUGUUCCAGAUGCGAGACGACUACCCGGUCCUGAACGAUGGCUACUCUGUGGUCAAGCUGUCGAAGCAAACGCGCGAGAUCCAGUAUCCCGGGUCAAAUGGCACCGCAACUGAGACAGGCAUGUGGUCGGUUCUGCGAGAUAGUGUGGCAGGCAUCCAAGACCUGGGCUCUGAUGCUGAUAAUCAACCGAUUUGGUUGGUUUAUCAAAACGAGAACAAGACCGUGGACUAUCAAUUCGAUUGUGGCAGUAACGACUCGGCACUCAUUUCUCCAUUCCUCAAAGAUACUACUGUGGUCAAUCUGUUCUAUCCUCAUGAUGAACACAAACUCAAAGAGGGUCCCAAAGCGUUGCAUCUGAAUGGCUCCAACACCACCAAUGGCUGCCUAGACAGCUUGAAGCUGAAACCGUUCGAAUUCAGGGCUUACGUACCCAAAACGAAUUUCAAGGAACCCCGGCCCAUGAUCACACAGUUUGAACCAGGUCACGAUGUGCCACAGGUCUCGAAGGUUGGACCGAAUGAUUCUGAAGAUAUCGAUGUCAGCAUCUACUUCUCGACGAAAAUGGAUUGCGACUCUGUCACCAAGGCGAUCAGCUUUGACUCGACUACGGAAGCCGGAAAGAAGCCAUCGCUCGACAAGAAAAAUGUCAACUGCAAAGAUGUCGACGCUGGCGAGAUCAAGUGGACUGGCCAAAUUCCGAAUGCUUGGGUCUGGACAGCAAAAUUGACAGGAGUCUACAAUGGUGUUCAUCGAAUGACAGUCAAAAACGCCACGAGUUCCAACAAGGGGAAGUCCACGCAAGCCACGGAUCACUUCCUCUUUCGUGUUGGUCAACAGGACAAUCCGAUGAUUUUCAGCUCUGCGAAUUACUCCUCCUCGCUGGUGCACAAGCAUGAUAACGGCUCCCUCUUUAUCCAGCACCGCGCUGCCGGAGCCGACAAAUACCGUUAUUCCACCAAUUGGGGAACCACUUUCUCCGACUGGAUGGAUUACCAUGGAGGGAAUGAUUCCAUUGAGAACCUACCUUGGUCGGGAACAGACAAGCAAAAGUGGCAAGGAGACCAUGUGCGAGUCGAGUACUGGAGCAAGUUGACCGGAAGCAGUGAUUAUGUCCAGGAGGGUGAUAAUGGCUGGGAUAAUCCGCGACGUUUUCCUCAUCUCUUCUUCAACGGUCCCUUCAAUCAGUACGGAUUCGAUAAAGGGUUGGACAAUGAGGUCAAGCAAGACAGCGAGGGAUUUUGGAACUUCAAGUUCCUGGCAGAGUUCCCUGCACAAGGUCAAUUCAACGUGUGGGGUAUGAACCCAGACGGUCAGCCUGAUCAGAGUUUCGUUUUUGGUGAUGCCGAUGGUGACGGUACUUUGGAACGUAUGCCUCCUUCUUCCCUCAGUGAGGUUGCCAUCAAUAUCUCCGAUAUCCCGCCCUCCCCAUACCUGGCCUGGAAUCUUCGUCUUAACGAUGGAACCAUGGAGGUCCAACUUCAACCGCAUGGAUCGCGAAUCAUUCAGCUGGUUAUCUACAUCUUGCUCUGGCUGGUACCUAUCAUGACAGCCGCAGCCUGCGUCUACGCAUUCAUGAAGAGUUUCUACCAGGUCAAAUUCAACCAGGUCGGAGUCAGCGAGAAGAAGUCAAUCCUUCCAUUGGCCCUUCGAAGGAAGUUCGCUGGAAGCGGAGAGUCGAGCAAUCCGCUGUUGCGGCUCGCAAACAAAUCGGGAUUCCUCCAAAGCACAUCUGCUUUUGGCGCAGCAACUUCGCGGAGACGAACAAUUUUGAUAGCUACCAUGGAAUACGACAUCGAGGACUGGGCUAUCAAGAUCAAGAUUGGUGGCUUGGGCGUCAUGGCUCAAUUGAUGGGCAAGCAUCUCGGACACCAGGAUCUUAUCUGGGUCGUUCCGUGCGUUGGAGGAGUUGACUACCCACAGGACCAACCGGCCGAGUCGAUGUUUGUGACUGUCCUCGGAAACUCUUACGAAGUUAGAGUCCAGUAUCAUGUGCUUCACAACAUUACAUACGUGCUGUUGGAUGCUCCAGUUUUCCGCCAGCAAUCAAAGGCUGAGCCGUAUCCAGCUCGUAUGGAUGACCUGGACAGUGCCAUCUAUUACUCUGCCUGGAACCAGUGCAUCGCACAGACAAUUCGACGUUUCCCCAUUGACCUGUACCAUAUCAACGACUACCACGGCUCCAUUGCACCGCUUUACCUUCGCCCUCAGACUAUUCCUGUCUGUCUUUCUCUCCACAAUGCGGAAUUCCAGGGACUGUGGCCAAUGCGUACACAGAAAGAAAGGGAUGAGGUUUGUUCUGUCUUCAACCUCGACCUUGACACUGCAAGGAGAUAUGUCCAAUUCGGUGAGGUCUUCAACAUGCUUCACGCCGGAGCGAGCUAUCUUCGUGUUCAUCAGCAAGGUUUUGGUGCCGUUGGCGUGUCUCGAAAAUACGGCAAGCGCUCCUAUGCUCGUUACCCUAUCUUCUGGGGUCUAAAGAAGGUCGGCAACCUGCCCAAUCCUGAUCCUUCCGACACUGGUGAAUGGAACAAGGAGUUGCCCAAGGAAAGCGAGAUCCAGGUUGACCAGCAGUACGAAGCCAGUCGAGGAGAGCUCAAACGCCAGGCACAGGAAUGGGCAGGCCUUGACCAGAACCCUGACGCUGACCUUCUUGUCUUUGUUGGAAGAUGGUCGAUGCAGAAGGGUGUUGAUCUUAUUGCUGACGUGAUGCCUGCUGUUCUCGAAGCCCGUCCCAACGUUCAGCUGAUCUGCGUUGGUCCCGUCAUUGACCUUUACGGGAAGUUUGCUGCUCUCAAGCUUGACCAUAUGAUGAAGAUCUACCCCGGACGUGUAUACUCCAAGCCGGAGUUUACUGCACUUCCACCGUUCAUCUUCUCUGGAGCCGAGUUUGCCCUGAUCCCCUCUCGUGACGAACCUUUCGGACUUGUUGCCGUCGAGUUCGGUCGCAAGGGUGCUCUCGGUAUCGGUGCUCGUGUUGGUGGUCUCGGUCAAAUGCCUGGGUGGUGGUACAAUAUCGAAUCCACGACGACUUCCCAUCUGUUGCAUCAAUUCAAGCUUGCUAUUGGAAGUGCCCUCAACUCCAAGUCCCAGGUCCGAGCAAAGAUGCGAGCACGAUCUGCUAAGCAGCGUUUCCCCGUUGCUCAGUGGGUCGAGGAUUUGGAGAUCUUGCAGACCACUGCUGUCCGGAUUCACAGCACUCGACAGGCAAAGUCAAACGGCCAAGCUAUGACACCUUCUGGAUACACUACGCCUAAUGGAAUGAUGACCCCGAACGGCAUGAUGACACCACCCAUCGCCUCAACCGGAACCGCUACACCGACCGGAAUGCAGACGCCCCCAAUUGCCCAUUCAAGAGAGGGAAGCUACUCGAAUGUCAAUCGUUUGAGUGCUUACGGACCGCAGCAACGAAACACCAUUGUGUACAGCCGCGACCCGAGCCCUGGCGAGCCCCAACAGCCCAAAUCUGGGCUCAGCCGACAGUUGUCUUUGGGUGUCCGUGCUGGACCAGGUCAUUUGAUUCGCCGUGGUCGUCGUCGCAUGAGGAGAGGCAACGAAGACAAUAACACUGCCUCUAUGACAGAGGAAAGCAGCGACGAUGACUUCAUCCCGAGCUACUAUGGUGAGGACGAAUACACCCUUACCCCCGAGCAGGUGGAAGCGGAACGUCGACACGGGUCCACGCAACCACAGGAUUCACAAGGUCAGGCGAGAGAUUUCUUCGGUCCUAGGAACCCAAGCCAAGCCUCGCUUCCACCUCGGCCGCUCUUAUCGCCGGCUGGUUCUGAGGUCGAUGAAGGCGCGCUACCGAUUGCCCGGCCACCCUUUGCCGAGCCUGGUAACCGACUCAGCAGCGCAUCCGUCCUGUCAGUGAACUCCAUCGUUGGGGAAAAGAAAGACUAUAAGCUACAAAAGGUCGAUCCCUUCUUCACUGAUAGCAACGGCGAGUACUAUAGAGUCUUCGACAAGAGGCUCGAGAACUUGAAUGGCGGCAACUCCGAAUCGCAGCUCUGUAUCGAGGAAUAUCUCAUCAAGAGUGAACGCAAAUGGUUUGACAAGUUCAGAGAUGCCAGGCUAGGCCGAAACCAGUCCCCUGCCUCGUCAGUGUUCCAGAGCAAACUCGAGACACCUUCACCCAACGGUUCUGUUUCCAAUGAUGAUAUGGGUUCGCGCGAGAGUGGCAGCGAUGCUCACAAUGAAAAGGACGAGUUCCUCCUUGGAAACGAUUACGUGCCCCCGUCUGGUCUGCGAAAAUGGAUGCAAGUUCGAAUUGGUGGCUGGCCUGUCUACUCGUUCUUUCUUGGACUAGGGCAAAUUAUCGCCGCCAACUCGUACCAGAUUACGCUGCUUACCGGAGAAGUCGGUCAAACGCCUGAGAAGCUGUAUGGAAUUGCCACAGUUUACUUGGUCACAUCUAUCAUCUGGUGGUUUGUAUUCCGUUUCUUCAAAUCGGUCGUUGUUCUCUCCAUCCCGUGGCUUCUGUAUGGUCUCUCUUUUCUGAUCAUCGGUCUCGCUCAUUUUGAGAGCGAUGGGUUCUCUCGAGGCUGGAUCCAGAACGUUGGAGCGGGUGUGUACGCAGCUGCAUCAUCAAGUGGUUCCUUGUUCUUCGCGCUCAACUUCGGUGAUGAGAGUGGUGCCCAGGUAAAGGAAUGGGUAUUCCGUGCCUGUAUCAUUCAAGGAUCGCAACAAGCAUACAUCAUUGGUUUGUGGUAUUGGGGCACCACCAUCUCCCAGGCCGUCGCGGACGGAGUCACCAACGUCCAAGGCAAUAUCACGAACACCUGGAGAAUGACGGCUAUCUGUGUACCAAUCGCUGUUUUCCUUUGGGCAAUUGGCUUGAUCAUCUUCUUUGGUCUACCCAACUACUACCGCCAGACUCCUGGAAAGGUUCCGUCAUUCUAUACAUCUGUCUUCCGGCGGAAGAUCGUGUUGUGGAACUUCAUCGUGGUCAUCUUGCAGAACUUCUUCCUCAGUGCUCCUUACGGUCGAAACUGGGCCUUCCUCUGGGACUCCAAGCACGCAAAAGACUGGCAGGUCGGUAUUCUGUGCGCUGUCUUCUUCGGCGCGGUUUGGGCAUUGGUCCUCUUACUCUUCGGCCGCCUCUCGAAAACACACAGUUGGAUCCUCCCCGUUUUCGCAUGCGGAUUGGGCGCACCACGCUGGGCCCAAAUCUGGUGGGGUGUCUCGGGCAUGGGAUCAUUCCUCCCAUGGUCUGCUGGAGGCGCUGCUGGCGGAGCAUUAGUAUCUCGAAGUCUCUGGCUCUGGCUCGGUAUCCUCGACGCCCUACAGGGCCUCGGCUUCGGUAUGAUUCUGCUCCAGACCUUGACGAGAAUGCACAUCUGCUUCACUCUUCUUGCAUCUCAGGUGCUGGGAUCCAUCGCCACUAUCUGUGCGAGGGCAUUCGGUCCGAAUCGGAUCGGUCCUGGACCAAUCUCGCCGGAUGUCACGGUUGGUGCUAGUGCUGUUGCAAAUGCAUGGUUCUGGAUUGCUUUGUUCUUCCAAUUGUUGAUAUGUGCCGGUUUCCUGCUGUUCUUCCGGAAAGAACAGCUAACCAAGCCCUGA